AUGUCAGGCGGUGCUGAUUCUCCCUCGCCCUCACUAGACAAACAAUUCGAAGAGUUCCGUUCGCAAAUAGAAGAAUCAGGAAGCUUGCGCGAAAAGAUUCGAGCUGUUGUCCUAGAGAUCGAGUCCACCAGUCGAUUCAUGCACUCUGGUCUCCUUCUCGUUCACCAAUCCCGCCCUGUUCCAGAGGUUCUAGAGAAAGCAAAUGCGCAAAUUGGAGAGCUAAAGGGGCUAUAUAAUAGACUUGCUGAAAUUUUUCGUGAAUGUCCUGGCCAAUAUUACAGGUAUCAUGGUGAUUGGAAGAGUGAAACACAAACUGUUGUUUCCUUGCUGGCUUUUUUGCAUUGGUUAGAGACUGGCAAUUUACUUUUGCACACUGAAGCUGAGGAAAAACUUGGCUUGAACAGCUCGGAGUUUGGCUUGGACAUUGAGGACUAUCUUAUUGGUGUUUGCUUUAUGUCCAAUGAAAUGCCUAGGUUUGUUGUGAACCAAGUGACUGCUGGGGACUAUGAUUGUCCUAGAAAGGUGUUGAAGUUCUUGACAGAUCUUCAUGCAGCCUUCCGUAUGCUCAAUCUCCGAAAUGAUUUCCUGCGGAAGAAGUUUGAUGGUAUGAAGUAUGACCUAAAAAGAGUUGAAGAAGUGCAUUAUGAUGUUAAGAUCCGAGGUUUGGCGGCUACGGGUGAUUCAAAUGGUAAUCAAGGAGUUGCAGAUGGUCAAUCAUAG